AUCUCUGGAGAGAGCCAGCCCUGCAGAGCUCACCUGUAAGGGCCGGUUCGACCCGACAACUGAGAUAACAGUGUUGACUGCAUUUACAAAUUGUUCGCGAUUUGUGGCUACGAACUAAGUAAGAGGAAAGGUCGAUCAAUGUCGAUAACAUACUUACAUUUCUGUAAGCCCUGAGCGUCAUAGUCCGAUAAGAGGUCGUCGCGGUUUGGAGGGGCGGCUGGCGGGCGUCUAGCACAGCGGCCAGCCCCAGCAAAAUGAAUAGAGAAAGGCGAAAGGUGAAGUUUGGUUGGCUACGUAUGGCAUUCAGCUCACCUAGAAAGUUCCAGAAGAAUAAUGUAGGCUUGCCUCAGCCCACGCUCUGGGGGGAUCCUGGGUCCGAUGAAUCAAGUGCAGACUGUUCCUCUAUCCUGAACAUGUCUACUGGCUCAGUUGAUCUAGGAGAGCUGGAAGGCAUAAAGCUCAGCACACCUAAAGGAAGACAGGCAACACCUUCGAAGAAAGAGUGUACUCCAAAAGCACACUCCUUAUCCAGUGGUCCCCGCAAACUGUUUCAUAAACAAACCAUGACUGCUGAGGUAGAUGCACAGUCAGUACAGCGGUCCCGAGUUGGCCCCGCAGCAACCCCUCCAAGUAUGAAGCGCAAGGACAGAACUCCAAAGGAGGGGUCAAAGGCUAUUUAUCUCAGAGCACUCGCCGAGGCUAUUGGGUCUGGUCACCGAAAGUCUCCCUCAACCGAGGACAGUGCCCAGAGCCUCUCGGAAAGGAAAUGUGUUACUGGCACACCCACCGCACAGGCGAAGUCUGAGGAAAAUACCUACCCUAGAUGCUUAUUCAGUGACGAGACAUCAUCUGUGUCAGUCGAGACGAGAGACCACUGUCCCAACUCAGUUGUCUUCAUAGACUCAGAUGAAGAAGAGAAAGUGGUGAAAACAGACACCAGAAGUGUUCUGAAAGGUGAUGAAUCUCCUGAUUGGUCAGAUGUUGAGGACCCUGUUGAGGUAGAAAACUUUUCACAGGAUGAGUCUCCGGAUCUGCUUACCCAGCGAAAGGUAGAGUGCAAGCAAGACAGUGAAACAGAAGAUGCUGAACGCCUUCCUCCUUUGGAGUAUAUGCCUAACCCACAACCAGCAUUCAUGCUGCCCCCACAAUUCCCAAAAUCCACAUUUAGUAUGCCAUGGAUUAAUCUGACCCCAUACCACACCUCCCCGCCUCCUACAAGUACAGAGACCUCAGGGCAACCCUCACAGCCUUGGAGAGAGUUUGUUGUGUCGUCAGGACAAUCCCUCCAAGACCCUCCAAUAAUACCUGAUUCCUCAACCUCCAGAAAUGUAUGUCUGCCUAAAAGUUCACUUGUGGCAUUGGGACGGGGUGUUAGAUUACAGCAGCCAAUCAAACAGGUUUCUAUAUCUCCAGACCCGUAUGCCCUGCCCAACUGGGCUGCCGGAACUAAGACUCUUUCCCCAUUUCCAAAGGGACUGUGUGAAUUUUCUCCUGUAAUGAGACACAGGUUCUCAGAUGUGCACACUCUCUCCACUUCAAGAACAUCUCUUACUAAUGAUUUCGCCACCCGUAGGAUGUCAUUGGGCUCAGAGCCUCUCUGGUUGUCAAACAUUGACCAUUCAAAGGUAAGCACUAUGGGAUUUGUUGACACCCAUUGUCACCUGGAUAUGCUGUAUGCAAAGUUGGGGUUCCAGGGAAGUUUCCAGAGCUUUCGGAACGAAUAUGCUAGCAGUUUCCCUGUGGAAUUUGGAGGGUGCAUAGCCGACUUCUGCAACCCUAGGAUUACGCGGAGGGAAGCUAUCUGGGAGUGGCUUCUCACAGAAGAAUUAGUAUGGGGUGCCUUUGGGUGCCAUCCACACUUCGCCAAGGAGUAUAACUCCACUCAUGAGCAAAGCAUCAUGGGAGCCAUGCGCCACCCAAAGACCAUCGCCUUCGGAGAAAUAGGGCUGGAUUACUCGCAUAAGAAUUCGACAGACUCGAGCAAACAGAAAGAGGUGUUUGAGCGGCAGCUGCGUUUGGCUGUGUCUCUAGGAAAGCCUUUGGUCAUACACUGCCGUGAUGCUGAUGAUGAUUUGCUGGAAAUCAUGAAGAAGUUUGUUCCCCGAGACUACAAGAUACACAGACACUGUUUUACCAACAGUUACUCUGUGAUCGAGCCGUUCCUGAGUGAGUUCUCCAAUUUGUCCGUGGGGUUUACUGCUCUGAUAACAUACCCUCAUGCUGUAGAGGCCCGUGAUGCAGUGAGGAAAAUCCCACUUGACCGUAUCCUAAUGGAGACUGACGCACCAUACUUCCUACCUAGACAGGUCCCCAAGACAGUCUGUAGGUUUGCUCACCCUGGGAUGGGCAUACACACUUUGCGUGAGAUCAGCCUGCUGAAGGGAGAGCUCCUCUCCACUGUGUUCCAAACCGUCCGCCAGAACACCACACACAUCUACGGCCUGUGAACACAGCAGCCGUGCAUUCAUGGCCUGAAGGCUGUUACCACAGAAUCUACUGUUCAUAUCCUAAAACCCAUCAACCAGCGUGUGUGUGUGUGUAUCAGAACCAUGGUCAUCUCUAAAUCUGUAUGUGUGUCAAAUAGGUUUCUU